ACAUUUCCACAUGCAUGUUUUCUUACUGCAUUUAUAGACAGCAGAGGAAAUGGAGGAACGCCAUACAUGAAAAUGGAGUUUCGUUUCUUCCUCUUCCUUGCAGCACUGGUUUCAUUUUUAGCCUACUUUGAACAAUCAACCGCGCUAAAUCGGAGUAGCUUUCCUGAUGGUUUUAUCUUCGGAGCAGGAUCGAGUGCUUACCAGUAUGAAGGGGCGACAAGGGCAGAUGGGAGGCAACCAAGCAUAUGGGAUACUUUUGCGAAGUUACAUCCAGAGAAAAUUACAGACGGAAGCAAUGGAGAUGUAGCAGAUGAGUUCUAUUAUUUAUUGAAGGAAGACAUUGCUCGUAUGAAAGAAAUUGGUUUGGACUGUUUCAGAUUCUCCAUCUCUUGGUCUAGAAUUUUACCUCUGGGUAAAAUCAGCGGCGGCAUAAAUCAAAAAGGAAUCAAUUUCUACAAUCAUCUCAUUGACUUACUCCUAUCAAAUGGAAUACAACCCUUUGUUACUUUGUUCCAUUGGGAUCUUCCACAAGCACUCGAGGAUGAGUAUGGGGGAUUCCUCAGCCCGAAAAUUGUGGACGACUUUCGGGAUUAUGCCAACCUCUGCUUCCAAGAAUUUGGCGAUAGAGUGAAACAAUGGGCGACCCUAAAUGAGCCAAAUUUAUUUUCCAAGCAAGGUUAUGCAACGGGCGAAGGUGCACCGGGUAGAUGUUCUAUCUAUAUAGGAAAUUGCCCAGAGGGAAAUUCAGCAACUGAGCCUUAUAUAGUGAUGCAUCACUCCAUUCUUUCUCAUGCAACCGCUGUACAAUUGUAUAAAGAAAAAUAUCAGGCCUUGCAAUAUGGAACAAUUGGGGUUACAGUGAAUUGUAAUUGGUAUGUGCCAAAAUUUGAUACAAUUGCAAGUAAGAGAGCUGCCCAAAGGGCUUGUGAUUUUGACUGGGGAUGGGCUAUUCAUCCAUUGGUUUAUGGUGAUUAUCCCAAAAUAAUGAGAGAGAAUGUAGGGAACCGACUCCUCAAUUUCACGAAAGAACAGUCUGAAAUGAUUAAAGGGUCAUUUAAUUUCCUUGGAGUGAACUACUAUUCUACAAUGUACGCCGAAGACUCUGGAUAUGAUACUGGUGCCAACUUGAGCUACACCACAGAUAGUCAUGUCACUACUUCUGCGGAGAAAAAUGGGAUUCCAAUUUGCGAAUCGGUGCGCACCGUCUUUAGCUACUUUUCUCAUGAGCUCUCAAAUUGAAUUAAUACUUUACACCAUUGGCAGAGUUAGGGGGUCCUUAUUGUCUCGGGUUCCCCUAAGCUUUUAAAAAAUUUUUAUGGUUUAA